AUGACUGGACGCGGAAAGGGAGGAAAGGGUCUCGGAAAGGGUGGUGCUAAGCGUCACAGGAAGAUUCUUCGUGACAACAUCCAGGGUAUCACCAAGCCCGCUAUCCGUCGUCUCGCUCGUCGUGGAGGUGUCAAGCGUAUCUCUGCUAUGAUCUACGAGGAGACCCGUGGUGUCCUCAAGACCUUCCUCGAGGGUGUUAUCCGUGACGCCGUCACCUACACCGAGCACGCCAAGCGCAAGACCGUCACUUCCCUCGAUGUCGUCUACGCCCUCAAGCGCCAGGGCCGUACCCUCUACGGUUUCGGUGGUUAA